AAACAAACCCUUAUCCUUAUUUUCACUUAUUUGUGAAAAUUUGAAGUACUUUUUCAAUUCCCAUUUCACAUCCCAAACGCAUACCUAGAUUAUAACCUUUGAGUUUUCUACAAGACUCCAGAGAAAUGCGGAGUGUAUAUAUAUCCGGUAGUUUUCAUGAAUAGGCCAACAACAGGCAAUAGAUAUGGGUUGGGUUUGGCAAGACGAUGAGGACGAUUCUCACAGCUCACGUGACGUCUCCGGCUAUGAUAUCUACAACGAUUCCGUUAACCCUAGCGGGUCAAACGCGAGAGACGGCGGUAAAUGCGCCACCCGGAAAGUCGUAAGGACGCAGUGCCGAACAGAGGAGUCCGAACCUGGUAAGUUCAUCCGGAAGUGCGAGAAGACAGAGCAGAUAUUCAAGGACUGCGUUGGAAGGCCUUCUGAGAUGGUGCAAUCAAACAAAGAAUACACAGAGGAAGACGUGACAAGCCAUAUGACUAAAAGUUUCCCUUUGGAUUCAUCACAGCAAGGGCCUUUUCUUCCCGGACUGCGUGGUGACAUUGAAGCCAUGGAACACAACUUCUUCAGUGGUCUUGAUCGUUUCUUUGAUGCAGCGGAGCAGACAAUGAAUGGAUUCUUUAGUUCAUUUGGACUCCCCCGUGCUUAUGAAGACAAUGACAGUACUAAUACUAAAUCAUUCCCAGCCUGGGGUCGUCGACGUAUACCACUCGAGGAAGGCAACCCCUCAAAGGAAUCUUCUACUGGAGUGAGUACUUCCAAUGGAGACAUUGAUUUUUCUGGAUUGACUAAAGAUGUUUAAAGAAGGGUUUGUCGGUGUGAUUAAAGAGCUGUUACUAGUUUGAUUGACAGUUGAUGGUGAAUAUGAGCUCUAUAUACCAUAUAAAUAUUAAAUAAUUUGGACCAUAAAUUUAAACUAUGUAACUUUGGGGGUCGAGCGUUUCUUGGUAAUGCACAAUGCAUUUUGUCAAUCUGACAUCUUUAAAUAAGAAAUGGGACUUUUUUUUAGAGGAACCUCAUAUUAA